AACGGAAAUCUUGCCAUUUUCCGACCUAUCUUUUUGUACUUUUCAUCUCCUUUUAUAUAUUCUGUGGACCAGUUUCCUCUCUCCCAUAUCUCUUUAUCCGACCCGCUUUCCUUCUCAUUUCCAAUACUACCCCUUUUCGGAAAAUCUAUCGAUUCCUCGAUUCGGACAAACAGAUCCGUCUCAGAUUCCACCAUGGAAGAGGCCAAGGUGUUGGAGUCCAAGGAUGGAACUAUUGCUGUGGCUUCCGCAUUUCCUGGUCAUCAAGAAGCUGUUCAGGAUAGAGAUCAGAAGUUCCUGUCAAGAGCUGUUGAAGAAGCAUAUAAUGGGGUCAAUUGUGGUGAUGGAGGCCCUUUUGGUGCAGUUGUUGUUUGGAAUGAUGAAGUAAUUGUGAGCUGUCAUAACAUGGUCUUGAAGCACACAGAUCCUACAGCCCAUGCGGAGGUGACAGCAAUAAGAGAGGCAUGUAAAAAGCUCAAACGGAUUGAGCUCUCUGACUGUGAAAUGUAUGCAUCGUGCGAGCCUUGCCCAAUGUGCUUUGGUGCAGUUCAUCUUUCACGAAUUAAGAGGUUGGUGUAUGGAGCUAAGGCGGAGGCGGCAAUAGCUAUUGGGUUUGACGCUUUUAUUGCUGACGCUUUAAGGGGUACUGCGCACUACCAAAAAGCCCACUUGGAGAUCAAACGAGCCGAUGGUAAUGUCGCAGUCAUCGCGGAACAAGUCUUUGAAAAGACCAAAGAGAAGUUUCGGAUGUAUUGAGGUAACCAAAGGCUAAUUCAGCAGAAAGACUUCUUGCACUGAACUUCCAUUCUUUAUGGUACUUUCUAUAACCCAUUUCUAUUCUCUGUAAGUGGUUCCCUGCUCUUGUCACUGUUCUGUAGAUUUAUUCUCAUUCGGUUGUUUACAAACACAAAAUUAGGCUUGUUUGGAUGCCCAAUUCCAUUUUACUGUCUCAUGAAUGGGUUGUGAUGCGUUUGUACCUUUGGAUACAUUUUGAACUGCAAUUAUUAGUCCAAUGAAGUGGAAAUAUACAAAGCUCAUUUUCCUUGGCUUUCA